AUGGAGCUCCGGCCCGGCCUAUCGGCUCUCGUCACCGGCGGCGCAUCCGGCAUCGGCCGAGCACUGGUGCUGGCACUCGCGCAGAAAGGGAUUUUCAUCACAGUCGUCGAUUUUUCCGAGGAAAACGGGAAACAAGCUGCGGAGCUGGCGGUAAAAGAAGUUUCCAAGUUUCACGGCGAACUUGGAUUUCCGCCCGUGCUGUUCUUCAAGUGCGACGUCACCGACUCGAAUCAACUCACGGCAGCUUUUCAGAAGCACGUUCAGACCUAUGGAGGAUUGGAUAUUUGUAUCAACUGUGCGGGGAUCACGAAUCCGAUUCCAUUUCAUAAGGAUGAAACCGAUGGCUCCGAAUCUUGGAGGCGAACAGUUGAUAUCAAUUUACUGGCAGUCAUUGAGUGCACUCGCCUGGCGAUUCGAGCAAUGCAGAAGGCCAGAAAACCUGGAGUGGUCAUUAAUGUUGGUUCUGCUUCAGGGUUGUACCCAAUGUAUGGCGACCCUAUAUAUUCUGGAACCAAAGGGGGAGUAGUUUUGUUCACCAGAUCUCUAGCUCUUUACAAACGUCAAGGAAUCCGUAUUAAUGUUCUUUGCCCUGAGUUUAUCCAAACCGAGCUGGCCUCUAAAGUGGACCCUAGGUUUAUCAAUAUGAUAGGCGGCUUCAUACCUAUGGAAAUGGUUGUGAAAGGUGCCUUUGAGCUUAUUACCGAUGAAAGCCAAGCUGGGUCUUGCUUGUGGAUAUCUAACAGAAGGGGUUUGGAGUAUUGGCCAGGCCCUGCAGAAGAAGAAAAAUACCGCAUACGCCCUAAGAUCUUAAGGAGAAGAUCCCCAGAUGUGGUCCCCGUGAAUAUUCAGAUCCCUCAAAGUUUUGAUAAGAUAGUUGUUCACACACUAAGUCACAACUUCCGUAACGCCACAAGUGUAGUGCGAACAUCACUGAGAUUGCCGCUUAAACCAGAUUAUGUGCUUUUGAAAAUCAUAUAUGCUGGGGUGAAUGCUAGUGAUGUGAAUUUUAGCUCUGGAAGGUAUUUUAGUGGGGACAAGGACAUUGAAUCCAGGCUUCCUUUAGAUGCUGGUUUCGAGGGUGUUGGUAUAAUUGCUGCAAUAGGUGAUUCAGUUAAACAUUUAAAAGUUGGCACUCCUGCCGCAAUCAUGACAUACGGAAGUUAUGCUGAAUACACGAUGGUACCCUCAAAGCACAUCCUUCCCGUGGCAAGACCAGAUCCAGAAGUCGUUGCUAUGCUCACAUCUGGGCUAACAGCAUCAAUAGCUUUAGAAAAGGCAGCACAUAUGGACUCUGGGAAAACAGUUCUUGUCACUGCUGCUGCAGGGGGGACGGGGCAAUUUGCAGUUCAGCUGGCAAAAUUAGCUGGAAACAAGGUCAUUGCAACAUGUGGAGGAAAAGACAAGGCCAAGCUUUUGGAAGAUUUGGGAGUGGAUCGAGUCAUAGAUUACAAAUCUGAAAAUAUUAAAACUGUUCUGAAGAAUGAGUACCCCAAAGGUGUUGAUAUUGUAUACGAGUCCGUUGGAGGUGAUAUGUUUGAUCUAUGCUUAAAUGCAUUGGCAACAUAUGGACGUCUUGUUGUGAUUGGGAUGAUUUCUCAGUAUCAAGGAGAACAUGGGUGGACCCCUCGAAAUUAUACUGGAUUAUGCGAAAAGAUUCUGGCCAAGAGUCAGACCGUGGCUGGCUUUUUCCUACUCCAAUAUGUUCAGUUUUGGCAAGAACAUCUAGAUAAGUUGGUCGAUUUGUACUCCAAAGGGAAGCUAAAGGUAGCUUUAGAUCCCAAGCCUUUCGUGGGUAUUCAUUCUGUUGCUGAUGCUGUUGAAUAUCUCCACUCUGGCAAGAGUGUCGGCAAGGUCAUUGUCUGCAUUGAUCCCACAUUCAGUCACCAUCCCGCAAAGCUAUGA